AUGAGGCCCCUUCGGCUUCUCCUUACAGUAGCCAUUGGCGUCAGUGGAGUCGCGAUAAGCCCAAACUCUACCCUCCUUUGGGACCGCUUCUCGGCGUCACCCUGCCCUGAUGGUUGGUACCACGCUCCAGAAUUCCACAGUUGCUACUUGAGUCGAGAAUCCUGCCAGAGCUAUGGGGCCGACUUGGCUUCGAUCCACUCGGACACCGAAAAUGCCCUGGUGCUCGAAUUGGCGAUGGAUGACGAUGUGCGGUUCGGGGACGGUGAUCAUCACGCGGUGCUGACUGGUGCUCACAAGGUGAGCGGCGCGUGGACCUGGCUUGACGAGUCGCCAUUCGACUUUACCCACUGGGCCGAGGCUGAGCCUAAUAACUGGCAAGAUCCACUCGACACGCUCCCAUCUGGCCAGACGAUUCGGGAACGCGCUGAGGACUGCGUCGCUAUCUACCUUUCCAAAAGUUACGGGCAACACACCAUUGGCCAAGUGGGUGGG